GAUAUGACGUUACAAGGUGGCGUCGCGCUCUUGCCUUUGUGAUCCGGCUGAAGAAAGACAGGCAGAAACACUCCUGGUGAAGCAACAGAGAUCCAUGUGACACACUAUUAUAAAGAUGGCAUUUGUUAAAGUUGAGAGCGAAGGCUUGAGGAUUGAAAAAGUAUUCAGCCUCAAAUGUGAGGAUACCGAGGAACAAACAGACACGAUGGCAGUGAAAGAGGAGAAUCAAGAAGUGAAAAUCGAAGAGAAUUCCACAGAGACUGGAAAUACUUCCUCGGGAAACGGCGCUCAAGAAUGUCUUGAGCCUUACAUAUGUGGUCAGUGUGGAAAGAGUUUCAGAUGUAAAAAGCACAUUUAUCAGCACAUGAGAAUUCACUCUAAAAUGAUCAUAUGUAUUCAGUGCAAAACGACUUUCCCAGACAAGAAACAGCUUAAGGAACAUGUCAAAUCUCACAUCACAAAAAGAAAGCCUUUCAUGUGCCUUUACUGUGGAAGAAAUUGCAAAAGAAAAGAACGUCUCUCAGUUCACUUGAGAGUUCAUACCAGAGAGAAGCCUUUCACCUGUGAACACUGUGGAAAAAGAUUCGCUCAAAGAUCAAGUAUUAAUGUCCACCUUAGAAUUCACACUGGAGAGAGACCUUUUGUUUGCCUUCAGUGUGGAAAAGGUUUUGCACAAAGAGCAACGCUUAGUGACCACAUGAGAGUCCACACCGGAGAAAAGCCUUUCUCCUGCACUCUGUGUGGAAAGAAGUUUGCUAAAAAACAAAACGUUAAAGUCCAUAUGAGUCUUCACACUGGAGAAAGACCUUACAAAUGUCUUUGGUGUGAAGAAAGUUACAUCUAUCGAAACCUGAGAGAUCACUUGCAAACUCAUUCUAGAAAGCGACCCUUAGUGUAGAAAGAGGGUCACAAGUAGGGCUGGGCGUUAUUGGGGCAUUAUUGGGGCAUUUUUCAAUAUCAUUAUUAUAAUUUUCAUUUUUAUUCAAGUAACUUUUUCUUUAUUAACUCUCUAGUUCCAAUUCCAAACUCACCACACGUGAAGUUGACAUGAUGUAAGUGUUAAAGGGAUCAUCAGAUGCCCAUUUUCCACAAGUUGAUAUGAUUCUUUAGGGUCUUAAUGAAAAGUCUAUAAUAUACUUUGGUUAAAAAUUCUCGAUGGUAGUGUAAAACAACACCCUUUUUACCUUGUCAAGGUCAGCUCUGCAAAAUUUAUCCUGUUCUGGUCGAGGUUGCUUUAAAUAUUAAUGAGCUCUGCUCGCCCCGCCCCUCUCUUUUCUCUGUGGAGUGACGAGCCUGUUUACUUUAACCGCGUUUAGCCGCUAAACUUGCUAACUAGCACAAUAUUAGGAAAGGUGAUCGCAGAGAUUCAUUAAAAAAAAAAAAAAAAAAACCUUA